UUGAACGUGGUGACCCUUUUUAACGGCGUAUAUCCGCCGCUUGGACAUGUGUCAAUGUUUGAGAAUCAUGCACGACGGGCGGGUAGCCCGGGUAACUAACUCAACGGAAAACAGCUGACAUGUUGCUGCGAAUUUCAUGCAUACGCAUAGCUGUACGCUAUGGCAUGCAUGUGAGUGUCUCGCCUGCGAGUAGCAGUCCCUGAAGGAGUAUAAUUCCUUAAAGAGAUAAAUUAAAGGGUCUCCAGGAAGCUAGCAUGACCUUGAUGGACAAUGGUUAAUUUCUUGAACUGACUAGGGCAGGGCGCUGCACAGACAUACGGGGUAUUCAAUGCAGGAAAAUAAGUAGCAAGGGUGCGACACUGUCUGGAAAUGGAAAUAACUGGCGGGAAGUCAAUGCCAUUUCCAGGUAUAGAGUUGUAGGGGGUUAGCUGGGUCUAGCCAGCUAACAGAAACUGUGGCGAUUCACAACUAGAUACAGAACGAGCCAGGUGGCCUACCACAGUGCAUGCAACCCUGAGGGCAAAACUGAAAUGCUGAACGUUGAAGUCGAUGGCGAGAACCUAUUUCUGGAAUCUGAAGAGUGGACUUUGAAUAGGAGAUAUGUCCGCAAAAGAGCCUGAGGCCCUGCAGAGCAUGGUUUGAGCUGAAGGUUAGUCCAUCCCAUGGAUUGAUUCGGCGCUUACAUGCAGCCAAUCAUAUUCGUCGCUGGGUCCCUGGCUAAAGAUAGCCACAGGGACAACCCCUGCGAGCCGCCAUGCACCAACCAUCAACUGAUUGGCCCUUGCUCACGGCUAUUUUUAUCCGUGAAUGUUCCAGCCAUUGAGCGUUCAUCUUCGCCCUGGGAGCGGUUGUGCGAGAGUUUGGGUGUUUGGGGUUGUUCUUUUUUUGGUGCCGGUGGGCGGCUGCAUGGAAGUCUCUGCAUGUUCUGAAGAAUCGCUCAAAGGGGAAAUCCUGCCAGGCGAUCUGUAUAUAAAGAUGUCUUCUGCUGGCGAUUUUCCUGCUUCGAUUUUCUUCACUGUAUCUCUCAUCUCUUCACGGUAUUGCAUCUGGUCUGCGAUAUCCGACUUUUUCCUUUCUGUUUUUUUCUUUCUCCUGUUUAUUUAAUUUAUUUUCUGCUGUUCCUUGUUUAUUUCUUUCCUUCGGUUGAUCCGUUGUUUGCUUGAAAUCACAGUUUCUUGACGAAACGAUUCCUACAUCGCCCUUCAUUGCCAAAAUACCAAAAAAAUAUCAAAACGAAAAAAACAAAAAAAUCACCAUACCAAAUUUGCCCAACAUGCGCUUUUCCACCAUUCUCUCUGCCUGUAUCGCAAUCGCGGGAGUGAACGCUGCACCAGCUGGCUGGUCUCCGGGUUCUGCCAAAUGGCUCACUGAAAUUGGCGACUAUAUUUCCAAGCACGCCAACCAAGGCUUCCCUCGUCAGCCUAAUUGUGAUCUCUCCAAAGCUGUGCUCCCAAGCAAUCCACGGCUAUCGGAAAUCCCUCCAGACCAGAAGCUGCUUGCGGUCGCAGUCGGACGUGGCACUCAAAAUUAUACCUGCGCUGGCUUAUCCCCAGACCAAGCACCAAAGGCUACUGGCGCAGUUGCCACGUUGUUCGACGCUUCAUGCAUUGCAUCCAAUUACCCUUACCUACUCUCGCUUCUCCCAAACGUUGCCCUCGAACUCACCAACCCGUCGCCAUUCACCAAUCCUCGUGGUCCCGUAGACCUAAUGGUGAUGGGUCACCACUACUUCGACGGUGAAGGUGUGCCCACAUUUGACAUGCCAAAGCUCGGUAUAUGUGGUGUUAAGAAGGUCGACUCCAAGGAUGCACCACCCAACGCUAUGAAGGGUGUCAAGGACGAGCAAGAAGGCGCUGUUAGCUGGCUGAUGCUUGAAUCAACGCCUUCUAGCAAAGGCCAGGCAAAGAGGGUAUAUCGUGUGAACACUGCUGGAGGCAAAGCACCACCAACCUGUGUUGGACUGCCAGAACAGAUCCAAAUCCAGUAUUCCGCCGAGUACUGGUUCUAUGGAUGAAAAAGUGGCUAAAUGUUAUGAAUUUCUUUUGUCUGUUUCUUUAACCACGUAUUGAGUUUCAGGUUCCUUCUUCAUACCCUUUUCUCCUCAGUGUAUUUAUUUUGUUGUCUGGCAUAGUUAGCAUAGGGUUGUUGGAUAUUGGCAUGUAAUUAUGGGACGAGAAAAACAGCAGAUUUGUACAUAAAUAAGAACAUAGUUAAAAAAA